AUGAGCCUUGUCAUCUCUUCCAUCGAGCAUGGCAACCGAAUCCCCAGCCUAUCUCAUCACGUGACCAGGCUGACGGAAGCCAAAUAUCCAGCCAUUCCCACCUUCGUAAAAUCUGGUGAGCUUGUUCUUUCGAUCCUCGUCCCACACACCUCGCGCCUCAAGGCUGUAUCCUAUGGCGCAACCACGUUGAACAGUCGUCGGAUGGCAAGUCUCAAAUGA